CUGACCUUCUAUAAGGAUCCAGGAGCCACAUAUAUCACCAAAUGCACUCCGUAGUAGUAGGAGUAGUUCUUUUUCUCUGUACUCCUUUGGCUUUGAAAGGUGACAAGAUGAGCCGCCAUAGCCCCGAGGUGGUAGAGGUACCCGUGAUCACCUCCUCUCCUAAAAAAUCCUCUUCUCCAAUGGGUGUAGGGAAGGAUGGACAUCCUCCACCUGCAGGGUUCCCGUUUCAGUCUCAUGAUCAGCCACCCCCGCCAGUAGUAACGGUACCGGUUGUUGCUUACGUUGCAGAACCCGUUCCCCCUCCUCCUAGUUGCUUGGAUAUUUGCUUGGCCACUCUUUGUUGCUGUUGCCUCCUGGACACGUGUUUUCCUCCAUAUGGCCCUUUUCCUUUCUUUUGAUUCUCUCUCAGUUUCAUUCAUGCUUUGAUGAUCAUACAUAUAUAGACAAAUAUGGAAGGCUUUUUGUGUUUGCAGAAUAUGAUGUAUAUAUAUACUUUUCUCUCAUUUUUUCUUUAAUUGUUCUUCCUUAAUUUUCUGAUGGAUUGAGGUUUUUU